AUGACUCAAAGUGGAGGCAUACCCUGCAAGGACAAGAGUUCCAUAUAUCAAAAUGAAAUAGUAGAACCAUGCCAUUUCAGCUCAUCAAUCUACUGUGGAGGGCAAGAAGUUUAUUCUUCAAAUAGCCAGAUCGCUACUUCUCAGCACUUUUUCAAGAAAGAUGGUGGAGUUGAUGAUCAAAAUGGAAACAACAUAAAUAGUGCUUUAUGA